AUGAUCGAUUAUUCUCAUAGCUGCAGAAUGCAACAAAAUGUUGGAGAAGACGAAAAAGUUAAACUUCGCAACAAAAAUACUCAAUCUGUUCUUCAGAGAGGAUUGGACGUUCUGCACGAAGGGGAAUUGAAUGAGGAAACAGAAGAAAUUCGUAAACUGGAUGCUCAACUUGAUCAUUUGAAUGAAUAUGUGUCACAAAUGGAACAAAGACUCAAGGAUCACAAUGACAAGAUGAUGGAAGCUCUGCGACAACAGAAGGAGGAAAGGGAAAAACGUAGAAAGAGUUUUCAUGAGAGAAUGAGUCAGUCCCACACAGAAGAUGAAGAAUUCAAAAAACAAAUGGAGAACAUCCUUUCAAAAGUUGAUAAUAAUAGACAAAGACAGUCCAUUUAUGAUUUCAUUAACACCUCUAAAAAUUAA